GCUAAAUCUUUUGAGUCCAUCAUCGUCUUCUUCAUCAUCAUCCGCCCAUUCCGACCUAAACGUGUCUCAUCUCCUGUUCCUUAUGAUGUCGAGCCGUAUCGAAGAAAGUUACUCCAUUUCCUAAUCGGAUGAACAUAUUCAACAAAUUCCUCCAUAUUCACUUCAUGGAAGAACGACCAUAAGUCACUCUCCGUCGCGAACAACAACAACAACGAAGCGUCAUUUCUUUUGUAAAGAGGCCGAUUGAAUGAUGAUGAGAUUGUUGAAAUGUUACCAGAACUGUUUACAAGUUCAUCCAGUUAAGACUCAGAUGGUUAGCUCCGGCGUGAUUUGGGGAUUCGGCGAUAUCGCUGCUCAAGCCAUUACUCAUUCUGCAUCCUUACGACAGAAGAAGGAAUCCACUGAAAAAGAUGGUGAUUUCAAGAUCAAUUGGAGAAGAGUAGCUAGCACAAGCUUGUUUGGUUUUGGAUUUGUUGGACCAGUGGGUCAUUUCUGGUAUGAAGGUCUGGACAUGUUUAUGAGGAAGAGGGUUCAACUUCAACCAAAGUCUCUUAAAUUCGUUGCUUAUAAAGUUUUGCUUGAUGGUAUUAUAUUUGGGCCAUUGGAUUUGUUUGUCUUCUUCACCUACAUGGGUUUUUCAUCUGGGAAGGAUUUUCGUCAAGUAAAAGAGGAUGUCAAGAGAGAUUUUCUACCUGCACUCGCUAUCGAGGGCGGAAUCUGGCCUAUUCUUCAGGUGGCUAACUUCAGAUAUGUUCCUGUGAGAUAUCAACUUCUUUAUGUAAACUUCUUCUGCUUGUUGGAUAGCUGUUUUCUCUCGUGGGUCGAGCAACAAAAGGAUGCUAAAUGGAAGAAGUGGUUCAGUUUAUUGUAGUCGGGUUUUAUUGACAUGUAUGUUAAGGGAAGAAAAACAAUUGAGGAAGAUUUUCUCUUUUUCUGUUUGAAAUGAGAUCACUCAAAUUUGAAUUUUGUGACUAAA